GCGUGACCUGGAAUGAAUAACGGUGCUGUGUAUAUAAGAGUCAUCGGGCUAAGCUAAUCAUCACACCAACUCGAGAUUCGGGCUUCAUAACAGCGAGCACCGUCCCAACACUCAACCAUGAAGAUCGUUGCCGUUUUGCUCGCCGCUCUUUGCGCAUGUGCUCAUGCUGGCUUUCCUCUGAAUGGUCAUGGUCUCCUUGGAGGCGGUUUCCAAGGAAACGGUUUCGGUUUCGGAAGAGGCCUCGGUUCUGGUCACGGCCGCUAUACCUACAGCUACAAAGGCUACAACAACUACGGCAACGGCAAUGGCCACGGGCCUUUCGCUGGCCAUGGCUUUGGAAACGGUGUUGGCCAUGCUGGUUCCUUCGUUGGUGGACAUGGAUUUGGAAAUGCCGGUCCCUUUAUGGGCGGACGUGGUUUUGGACAUGGAGUUGGUCAUGCUGGUCCCUUCGUCGGCGGACAUGGUUUCGGAGGGGCUGGCUCAAUCUUCGGCAGACAGGGUCUCGGAGCGUCUGGUGCCUUCGUCGGUGGUCAUGGCUUUGGUCACACUGGUCCCUUCGUCGGCGGACAUGGAUUCGGAGGGGCUGGCUCAAUCUUCGGCAGACAGGGUUUCGGAGAGUCUGGUCCCUUCGUCGGUGGACAUGGCUUAGGAGGGUCUGGGUCAAUUCUUGGCGGACAUGGGGUAGCUGGACACGGAGCUUUCGGGGGGCUAGGAGGACAUAGUCUUUUUGGAGGUUUUGGAGGGCGUGGUCUUAUUGGUGGUCAUGGCUUUGCCGGUCUCUUUGGAGGACAGGGGUCCUUCUUUGGGCACGGCAUUGGUCACUAA